AUGGCUGACCUUUCAGAAGAGGAGGUGCGAGAGCGCCUCAAAGCAGCCCUCUGGUUCUCCAUCGGCAAAAUGGUCGACCAAGAAUCCCUCCAGCGCAACCGCAACGCCACGCCGCAGUUCAUCGGCGCUUUGACUGAUAUGGUCUGGCAUCAGAUUGAAAAUGUCGCAACAGACCUAGAGAGUUUCAGCCAGCAUGCGGGCCGCACAACGGUCACGACAGAUGAUGUGCUGCUGCUGGCGCGGCGGAACCAGGAUUUGUACACGGUGAUUAAGGAUGGGAUUGAUAGGGAGAAGGCGGCGAAGGGGAAGGGGAAGGGGGUGCGGCGGGGGUGA